AUGUUUGAAUCCGUCGUUGCAACAUUGUUGAACCGCUUCUUGGGGUCUUACAUAGAAAACUUCGAUCCCAAGCAGCUUAACAUAGGAAUAUGGUCUGGUGACGUUCGCUUGAAGAACUUGAGACUCAAGAAGGAGUCGCUAGACAAAUUCAAAUUGCCGGUGGAUGUCAAGUUUGGCCACUUGGGAGAGCUCACAUUACUGAUUCCAUGGUCCAAUUUGAAGGGAAAGCCAGUGAAGGUGGUAAUUGAGGACGUGUACCUUCUUGCCUCUCCUAUCAUCAUCAAUGACUUUGAUGCUGAUGAGGAUGCUACCAGGGAGCAGAAGCUCAAGCAAGAGAAGCUUCAAGACUUAGAGGCAUUACAAAGUGCAAUUGCCUCCAAUCUCAAUGCCUCAAAGGGUGACAAUCAGGCUGCCAACGAGUCCUUCACCGAGAGCUUGGUCACCAAGAUCGUCGACAACUUGCAAGUGACCAUCAAGAAUAUUCAUGUCCGCUAUGAAGACGAAGGUGUCUUGACAGACUCACCGUACGCAUUGGGUCUCACACUCGAUGAAUUGUCGGCCGUUUCGACGGAUGACCAAUGGAAGCCGAGCUUCAUCUCGAUUACCCAGAGCCUUUCCAGGAAGCUACUCAUGCUCAAGAACUUCUCUUGCUACAUGAACACGGAGAGCUCCAGCAUCUUUUCAGGUACGCCAGAUGAGGUUCUCGAGGCUCUUAAAUCCACACUUGCGACCAGAUCUGAGAAGCAGUACCUUCUUAAACCUGUUUCCGGAGAAGGGCGCCUUACCGUUUACAAAACAGGUGCCACUGAGACGCAUCCGCAUAUAACCACUGAGCUCUUCUUCGAAGAGUUUGGCGUUGAGUUCGAUAGCAGUCAGUAUAGAGAUGUGCUUUGGACCGCGUCCAAGCUUCAUUGGUACCAAAAGACUUGGAAGUUCCGCAAGUACAGACCAAAGGUUUCUGUUGAAGAGGAUCCAAAAGAGUGGUUUAGAUAUACAGCAAAGAGUAUCCUCGGUGAGAUUCACGAGAAAAACUAUUGCUGGAGCUGGGAUCACUUCAAGAAGAGAAGGGACCAGAGAAAGAAGUACAUCGGCUUGUGGAAACAGAAAGUGCUCAAAAAGACACUCUCAGCGCUGGACGAAACCAUGUUCGAGAAGUUGGAAUGGGAUCUACCCUACGAGGAUAUCAGGUUUUACCGCUCCUUAGCCAGAAGUGAGAUCCGUAAGGAGAAACUCAAUGCUCCUCCUGCUACACCACAGCCAGCAUCACAGGGUGGCUGGAUUUCUUCAUGGUGGUAUGGUAACAAGAGUCAGGAUACCAUCGAGGCUCCAAAGUCUGAGGGCGGCUUGAACCUCACUUUGACAGAUGAACAGCGCAAAGCCUUAUACGAAACUAUUGACUUCAACGAGGAUGACGCUGUUACUGAUGCUGUGAAUAUUCCACGCGACAGGGUCACUGUUGAGGUCUUCAUGACUGUCAAAAAAGCUGGCAUUUCCUUGAAGCCUGUGAAACACGGCCCCAGCUUGGCAGAAGUUAUUGUCGAGGGCUGUAGAACACAGCUCUAUCAAAGACCAGAUUCUUUCCUCGCUAACUUCCAAUUGCAAGAGCUUAAGGUGGAGGACGGUACUUCAAAGACUCUUUACAAACAUAUCGUCAGCGUGAAGCACGUCCAUUCAGAUCUUCAUCAAUCCGUGGAAGAAUUCCAUGAUGCAUCCUCCUCCAUUACGUCCCAAAAACAAGAUCCGUUUUUCCAAGUAUCUUUCGAAAAUAAUCCAUUGGACGGCAGCGCAGACUCUAUUCUCCUCGCCAAACUCAACUCCAUGACUAUUUUCUACAACGCUUUCUUCAUUGAGGAAAUCAUCAAAUUUUUCAAACCUCCUAAAAUACAUCUUGACACUAUUGGUGCUAUAAUGAAUGCUGCUGAGGCCACGAUGGAAGGUAUCACCGCACAAACCAGAUUGGGUCUUCAAUAUGCAUUGGAAGAACAUAAGACCAUUAAUGUGAAGCUCGAUCUUCAGGCGCCAUUGAUCAUUCUUCCCCUUGAUCCUACGAGUUGGAAAUCCCCCGUGGCUAUAUUAGAUGCUGGUCACCUUAGCGUCACGAGUAAUUUGGUGGACAAGGCAACCAUUGAAGAAAUCAAGUCGAAAGAGAGCUACGACAAGGAGGACUGGACCAAACUCAAAACACUCAUGUAUGAUCAAUUUAACCUCCAUCUCCAAGAUGCGCAGUUCCUUGUGGGUUCUACGAUCAAGGAUACAAUGGAGCAGCUUCAUACAGAGAGUUCAAAACAGUCAGCAGUUAUGCUCAAUAAUUUGGACAUCAAACUAAAUCUAGGGGUCUCAAUCAUACCCGAGGCCACGAACUUGGCGCGGUUCAAAGUCGGUGGAGAAAUACCAGAGAUCAACAUUGCGCUCAACGACUUCCAAUACAAAACCAUCAUGAAGCUUGUGGAUGUCCUUAUACCAGAUCUCUCUGAUAAUGAUGGAGAUGACAACAGCGUUUUCCAUGCCUUUGGUCAAAAAGGAGAAGAAUACAAGCUAGAGGACGUCGAGGAAUCUAUGAGCACUCUCACAAAUGCCAAAAGACCCGAGAACCCACAACACAUGUUUGAAAUGGACUUUAAGGUAUCAAAGGUGAACAUGUCAUUGAAGAGAUGCAAGGAUGCUGUUACGUUAGAAGCAGAGCCCUUCCUCAACCUCAUCGGAGACACCUUGAGAUUCACAUUCUAUAAGACUGAUUACGAUAUGCACCUUGAUUUGACCUUAAUCGACAUUGAUAUUAUCGACCAUAUUGAAAAGUCUGGCGUUGCUGAAUUUGAAAAGUUGGUGUCCUCGAGAAACUUUACCGAAACUGAGGCCGUCAAGCGCAAGCAACAAGAACUUUUCAAGGUUGAUCUCACAAGGACUCAAAGAAUUGUCGAAUUCAAGGGGAAUGAUAUCGAAGUGUUUGAUUUGGAUAUAAUUGUGGAUAUGUCUGCCGUGAAGUGUGUGGUUUCAAGGAUGUCAUACUUGAGCAUUCUUAAUUUCAUGUUGAACACCUUCACCGAUCCAAAUGCGGAGGAAACACCCGCCGAUAAGUUGAAGCACAAUGAUUACAAGGAUGAUAGAGUCGCUCCUCAAAAAAUCAACGUGAAGGUAAACCUUGAUAGUAUUAUCGUUGUUCUCAACGAAGACGACCUAAAAUUAGCCACUUUACAAUUGAGCACAGCAAAUGUCAAGGUUUUCGUCCUUCCAGAGGCUUUGCAAGUGAGUGGCUGCCUUGGAGCUUUGUCUUUGCACGAUGAAUCUAACGAGGGCUCUCCGAGGGAUUCUAUUUUCCGUAAUUUGAUAAAUAUCGAUGGUGACAACUUGGCAGAAUUCACUUACAAGACAUACGACCCAGCCACUAACAAGGAGCCAUUCGAUAGCUACAUUGAGUUCAUUACCGGAUCUCUGACCAUCAACUUUGCAGAGGAUGCCUUCGGAAAGAUUUUCAAUUAUCUCAAUAAGUUUGCUCAAAUGAAGGCCAUCUAUGAUAAGGCACGAGAUGCUGCCAUAAACCAGGCAAACCAAAUUGAUGAUGCCAUCAGGAUAAAGAUGAAUAUUUUGGUCCGGGCACCCACGGUUCGUUUACCCAAACUCAUUGAUGUUAGCAAAGAUGAGUACGAUGUUAUAGUUGCUGAACUUGGUGAACUUUACCUUAACAAUGAGUUUGUUACAAGAGACUCUUUGGUGUACAACGUGAUGUACGCCGGUCUCAGAAAUACCAAGGUUACGUCGAGGUUUCAUCUUGCUGAUGUGGUUCAAGAAAGUCAGAUGGUCGAGAAACUAGACAUUGGUUUCCAGAUUGACUAUCUUGAAGAGUUCCAGGCAGACAAGCCUACUUUCAAAGUAUCUGGAAACUUACCCGAGCUCGAUUUCCAUUUGUCUGAGCUUCAGCUUAACUAUUUGUUCAAUCUUCAAAAUAAGGUAAGUUCUGUCUUUAUGGCAACCGGUGGCGACGACUCUAUGGACGAAAUUGAAGCCGACGCUGAAAACGCAAAUGCUUUGAUAGCUCAUGAUACCUCUAUUCAGAGACAGAAGGAUCUUACUUCACUCGACGGAAGAGAAAUUCAGAAAUCCGAGCCUGAAGAUUCCGUUCAGAAUUCACCAGAGCAUAUCAAAUUUGACGUUGCAUUGGAGAUUCCACAAAUCUCUUUGAGCCUCUACAACGACACGAAUGACGUGGCGUCGAUCGAAGAAAAGAAACUUGCAUUGAUGGCGGUAAAGGACUUGAAAGCACUGUUUGUCAUGAAGGAUGAUGAGAACUUCAACUCAGACCUUUCUAUUAAUGCGUUCACGAUUAGCGAUGUGAGAUCAAAUACCUCGAAUAAGUAUACUGAGGUGAUCCCACUGGUUCAAAGUGAGGGCGAUCAGUUCAAGCUCAACGCUUCCACAGGAUCUACAGGCGUGGCAGAUAAGAAGGCUACGACGGUCAUGUUAACCAUUGAAGAGCCGCAGGUCAUCUUAGCUCUCGAUUUCAUGUUUGGAUUACAAGCAUUCGCCACAAAAGGUUUACAAGUUGAGAGUGUGUCUGCCGCGUUGGAAGCUGAAGAUGAUGAGUCUGAGACUGAAGAUUCAUUGGAGGAUCGACUCAAGAAUGCAGAGAAGGAAGAGGAGCAAACAUUGGCUUCAGCGCUUGGAUUUUCCAUAAACAUCACCAAACCAUCGGUUUUGCUUCUUGCUGAUUCAACCAAGGAGGAUACUGAGGCAAUUGUGUUCAAGGUGGAACAAGUUCUUGUGACAAGUCAAAAUAUUGUUUCACUUGCUGCCGACAGUAUAGGCAUGUUUGUUACAAGGAUGAACGAUUUUGAGAAAAAUAUUCGUAUCAUCGAUGAUUUUUCAAUUUCGUUCGCUUUAGACGGAAGAGGUUCGACCUCAACUUCAUUCUUGACCAACAUUCAGCUCUCCAUUGACCCCUUGCUCGUUAGACUUUCGUUGCGUGAAGUUCGAUUGGGAAUGCGGAUCGCUAAUAGAGCCAAUGAGCUUUACGCAGAGGCAAUGGGCAUCGAUAUCGAGAACCCAUCUGAGCCAGACCAUAGCAUAACCGAUGACUUCAAGCGCCGUCUUUCACAAUAUGCACCAAGUGUUGUCUCAGGUUUUUCCAAGGAAUCAGCAAAGAGAAGAAGACGUUCAUUGACCACUGAAGUGAUUGUUAAGGGCGAAGAGUUUAAUGCAUCUUUUGGUGGUGCCAGAUUUGUUCUCAUUGGUGAUGUUCACGAAUUGCCUGUUAUUGAUGCGAAUAUAAAUCUGUUCGAGACUAAGGUUGUGAAUUGGUCUACUGAAUUAAGCGCAGAAUGUCACCUCGAGCCCUACGUGAACAUCUACAACUACGCAAAGUCCACUUGGGAGCCUUUGGUGGAACCAUGGCCUGUUUCAAUCUAUGCCUCUAAAGCUAUUGAUCCCAAGCCAAGUAUCAUGAUAGAUGUUGUUUCCAGAAGCAUGGCUCAAAUAACGAUCUCUUCGAGAUCUGUGGCUUUACUUUCCCAAAUUUUCUCAGCUAUCUCUCCUGACGAAGAACACAAGUCCCGAGAUGAGGUCACUCCAUAUAAAAUCCUCAACCAGACAGGCUAUGACCUCGAGCUUUGGACUGAUCGAGGCGAAAAGCUGAGAAAAGAAAAGAAGGUAUUGAAGAACAAGGAGCAGAUUCCGUGGUCGUUUGAAGAUUGGAGAGUCAUUCGUGAGAAAUUGGACACUGACAAUGAACAAGAUGUUCUUGGGUUGAAAAUUCUCGAUUCGCCCUAUGACGAGGUUGGCAACAUAAAUGCAGCUGGAGUGGGCGAGCAGAUAUUCAUAGAUUGUUUUGGGGACGACAAUGUCAAAACUAUUAUUUUGCGUUCCACUGUCAAGGUUCAAAACGAUUCUGAUUCAGGGAUCGCUCUUAAAUUUGUCGACGCGGAGAAUGGCCGGGACACUGAACUUGUUGUCGAUGCUGGUGACACUAAAGCACUUCCAAUUGACAUAGUCUUUUCAAGCAAGCUCAAGAUCAAACCUUACCUCGAAACUAACUUCAAUUGGUCUAAUGGUACGUUGGAAUGGAGAGACCUCAUGAAGCAGGGGACCGCAUUGUCAUGUUCAUCAGUGGGUACUGGAGAAACCUCCGUAUUCUACUAUCAAGUGGAGGCAAACUACGACGAAGAUGAACCGCUUGCAAGGAUCUAUCCUCAUUUCACUUUAGUGAUUUCUGCACCACUUGAGGUUGAGAAUUUACUUCCUUUCGAUUUCAAUUUCAGAUUGUACGACAAAAGCAGCAAGAAGGACUGGAGUGGAUCUGUGAAGAAGGGCGAAAGCACUUUUGUCCAUGUCGUAACUCUUGACGCUCUUCUCUUACUCAGUGUGGAGCCUCUUGAUUGCUCUUUCGGUAAGUCUGAGUUCGCAAUUAUCAAUUCAACGAAGAAGAGCGAGUUUAAGCGGGAGGUUCUCAUAAACACUCGAAGUGAAUCUGGAAGAAAUGUGCGUUUAAAGAUGCAUUAUCCCAAACAUGAUGUGAAGAAAAACUUGAAAGUGUCGAUUUACAGUCCUUACAUCCUUUUGAAUAGAACUGGUCAAAGCUUAUCAGUCGUCGAUAAAGCCAGUCGUCUGAAUGUGUUGGAAACCUCCAGCUCCCUUGAAAACAUCCCUCAUAUGUUCUCAUUCGACAGGGAUGGCGAAAGACUGAACAGAGGCCUUGUGAAGAUAUCCGACUCUGUUCUUUCUGCUCCUAUCAGUUUUGACGCCAUUGGUCAGAAUAUGGGGUUGCUGGUGCAGCUUAACCACAAGCAGACCGAAAUGAACUUUGGUGUAUCGAUUUCUGAAGGUGAAGGAAAGUACCAGCUUUCAAAGAUUGUGACCUUUUCACCUCGAUAUGUUAUCAAGAAUGCCAUUUCAGAGCCCCUUUCUUUGGUGGAGAAUGGCUCAACAAAACAAAUUCUGCUUGAUGCCGGUCAACUGAUUCCUCUUUACUCACUUCACCGAGUUGAAAACAAGAGCAUUAUGCUCAAAUUUGAAAACAACGGAAAAGGCUGGUCUUCGCCUUUUGCAAUCGAUGAUGUGGGGCAGAUCUUUUUGAAGCUUCAGAAGGAGGGCCAAGGGCAAUCACUUCUAAAAGUAAAUGUCAUGACAGAAAAUGCCACCAUUUUUAUUCAAGUCGAGAGUGCUCACAACAAUUGGCCAUACUCUAUAAGGAACUUCACGGAUACAGAGCUUUACAUUUACCAAGCUAACCCCAAUAUUGAUCUGAACGGAGAGGUUAUCAAGCGAGACACUGUCUACAAGCCAGUAUAUUACAAGGUGCCUGGAAAGAGUGUUAUGCCCUAUGCCUACGACUAUCCAAACGCAGUUGUUAAAGAGUUGAUCAUCAGAACUCGGGGACGUGAGAGAGCUGUGAAUUUAGCCGAGAUCGGUAAUCUCAAACCGUUUAGAUUGCCAGCGACCGAGCGUGACGUACAGAAAAUUCUUGAUCUCAAUGUGGUUGCUGAUGGGCCUACCCAAUCGCUUGUAAUCUCAGACUACGAUCCUGGAUUGAGUUUGUACAAGUUGAAAAAGACUGAGACCGCAGGUUCUAGUGCCACGCUUUCUAAACUGCAAUUCGAAGUGGAUGAGGUUGAUGAUAACUACUAUACCAAAAUCUUUACUCGGUUUGAAGGUUUGGGAAUCUCUUUGAUUAACACAAGAUCGCAGGAACUUUGUUAUAUUACCUUGAGAGGCCUCGAGCUCAGGUACAAUGAGUCCGACCUUUAUCAAAACUUGAGUUUGAAGUUGAAGUGGGUUCAGAUUGAUAACCAGCUUUACGGCGGCAUCUUCCCUAUCAUUCUUUAUCCUACAGUGGUUCCAAAGUCAGGUAAGGAGAUGAAUAGCCACCCGUCCUUUUCAGGAUCGAUUUGCAAAGUGAAGGAUGAGUCACACGGUGUUGUAUUCAUCAAGUAUGCCACAGUUUUACUCCAAGAAAUGACUAUGGAACUUGAUGAGGAUUUCCUCUUUGCUUUGUUGGACUUCUCUAAAUUCCCUGGAGCUAGUUGGAAUGCACAUGUUGAGGAUAAGCUUUGUGAUUACAAUCUUGAGAUUCCUGAACCAACAAAGUUGUCUGACGCUAGUGAUAUCUACUUUGAGGCUUUGCAUUUGCAGCCAACUCUGACACAUUUGUCGUUUGUGAGAACAGAGAGAGUGAAUGCGGAGGACAGAACUUCAUCUCAGAACACGAUUAUGUUUUUCGUGAAUGUGCUUACCAUGGCCAUUGGUAAUAUCAACGAUGCUCCAAUAAAGUUGAAUGCGUUGUUUAUUGAGAACAUAAGGGUGCCAAUUCCUAUUUUACUUGAAUCUGUUCAAAAGCAUUACGGACAAUCCUUCUUCUAUCAGUUGCACAAGAUAUUGGGGUCUGCUGAUUUCUUAGGAAAUCCAGUGGGCUUAUUCAACAACAUUUCGUCGGGUGUGCUUGAUAUUUUCUACGAACCAUAUCAUGGUUUCGUUAUCAAUGAUCGUCCUCAAGAAUUAGGUAUUGGAAUCGCGAAGGGUGGUUUGAGUUUCGUCAAGAAGUCUGUCUUCGGAUUCUCGGACUCGUUUGCUAAGGUUACAGGCUCUCUCGCCAAGGGUUUGUCGGUAGCAACUAUGGAUAGGUCCUUCCAGGAGAGAAGAAGGUUGAACCAACGCCGGAACAAGCCAAAACAUGCAUUGUACGGCUUCUCGUCUGGAGCCAACUCUUUCUUCGAGUCCAUCUCGUCUGGAGUGACCGGAAUUGCAACCGCUCCAGCGGAAGGAGCCGCAAAGGGAGGAGCAAAUGGCUUCUUUAAGGGACUUGGCAAGGGUGUUGUUGGUCUCCCCACCAAAACUGCUAUUGGGUUCUUCGAUCUUGCUUCUAAUGUGGGCGAGGGUAUCAGAAACACCACGACAGUAUUUGAUGCAGAUGGCUUAGAGAAAGUUCGUCUCCCCAGAUACGUCUCCUACGACCAGGUGAUUCGUCCAUACUCACAGAGAGAAGCACAGGGACAGUUUUGGCUCAAGUCCAUUGAAGGUGGACGCUUCUUCAAUGAGACCUACUUGGCACACUUGCUCCUUGCCGGAGAAGAGAAAGCGGUGGUGAUCACGUUCAAGAGAAUCAUACUCUUCUCUAUUGAUUCACUCAAGGUCAUUUGGGUGACGAACUUCGACCAGGUUAAGAGCAUCGGCCUAGAGAGUACUGGUAUUUCUAUUAAGCUCAAGGCGAAGGAAGGCCCAUUUAUCCCCAUUUCGGAGAAGAAAAACAAGGAUUUCUUGUACGCAAGGCUUCGUGUUGCAGUUGAAAAGUUCAAUGUGCAUGCUAAGGUGAUCCAGUAA